ACCCAGACCGAGGAAGAGUCGAACUGGCCUGUUCCCAACCUUUCCUGUUCCAUUCAAACGCUCAUCAAUCGUUUUAAUGAGGUAAGCUCAUGGGCCUCGCAAAUGAUACUAAGCAGCACAACGUUAGACGAGAAGCAGGCGGUGCUAUCCUGUUUGCUUCGGGUAGCACAAACCUGUUGGAACAUUGGCAACUUUAACUCAGCCAUGGAAAUUAUCGGUGGCCUCAAAUCGAGCAAUCUGAAGCAAUUCUGGCAGGUAAUUAGCGAGCCCCCAACAGUUUUGGAAACUCUGUCCGCCGCGUUUCUGUCCACCGAAUAUGAAUCUGCGCUUGGCCGCGCGCUGGCGAUGCCGGAAUGCCCUGUGAUACCGUUCUUCGGCCCGUUCCUGAAGGAAUUGCGGGAUAUCAUCGCUGCCGAGUCCAAGCCUCGGGAUGACAGUAAGGACAUCCGCGAGCUGUCGCGGAUCAAGGACCCCGAAAACGUGCCGACCGCGAGACACAUUGCGAGAAUCGAAACCAUCGCGGAAUCGCCAACGGAAUGUAUAUCUAGGAACAGCUCCUUGGACAAGCCAGAGAAGGAUACUCCCGUUCGCGAUGCAAAGUCUGUCCUCGAGAAGAUUGCCGAGUUCCAUAAGCAUCGACACGCGCGCGGCAAGGAUGCGACGACCAGUUCACUCCAUCGCACCCUGAGCAUUCAUACGACCGCAAUCGAGCAAACCUACAUGGUCGAAGAAUGCGACGAGAACGACUAUCACCUCGAUCUCGAUUCCUACAAACCGGUGCAGCCACUCACAAUCGACCAUGGCGUUGCAUUAUUUCCUGUCGCUGCACCGCACUCUGGAAUGGAUUUGCAUCUUCUGCAGGUGCUGCAUCACGGGACAACGUUGGUGCACUGGGACACAGAAGGCGGUACAACAAGGACCGCGUUGGUUUACGGUAGAGUGGAUCGUGCUUGCGGAACGUUCGUUUGGGAGAAACCAGCUUGGGGCCUCCUGAAAACGGCCCAGGUAGGCGGCACAGCCUCGUCCGGCGACUUCUCGCUGACUGCCAAUCCGGAGGACACGGUGCCAGCCGGCCUGCUAGGAAGGUAUACGACGCCACAGGCGGAUUGCGCUUCCGUCACACUGGAAGAGGGAUUUUUAGAUCUCAGUUCCGUGAAGGAAGUGAUGAUCGGAUGCUGCGAUCGGGACAGAGAGACAGACCUACGAAGCAUUUGCAAGAGGUACGGGCUACCGGGCACCGACUCGUGUAUCGGCCUCAUGUACGGCUCAAGCCUGCCGGACAAUCGACUGAUGUUUCUGCUAUGCCCUCCGGCCCUCAGCAAAAUUUGGUAUAUGGGCCUCUGCUGGAUCUUACGAGGCCUGAAACGGCAACAACAAUUAACGGACCGUAGAUCGCGGUGGCUAAAGGAAAAGUACCUCCAGCUUUACUUUGACGAAGGCUGCGUGGAACCCAUGACAGCGGAUGCCAUAAGAGCUUUCGGUGGCCGCGAUUGGUCUGCGACUGAAACGAUCGGCACAUUAUCACCAACGAGUAGCACACUGCGGAAACGAAACAUUAAGACGAAGAAAACGAAAUCCAGUGGCAAUAUUCAUGCAUUAACAAAGAUUACGGGCAGCAGAGAAAGCUUGACGAGAAUCAUACCAGCAUCCCCACGGUCUAGCAGAGAUCGAAUCCUCCCGCGUAGCCCGCCUGGUUCAGCCCAACGAAUUAUCACUUCUAAUUUACCCUACUCCGGAUUUCACAGCCUGUUAGGCGUCGACAGGGACAAAGACAAGAACGGUUCAGGGAUGUCGGGUGGCCUGGAAGCACCAUGGCAAGUGAAGGCACGCGCAACUUCCAUAAUGUACGAGACUCAGCUGAACUUCGUCGAGUUCGUCGCACUGUUCCGCUCAUUCAGCCUAAGAGCCCGAAAGGAUUUGCGCGACCUAUUUGGCCAGCUGGCGAUCACCUGUCGCAGCCAGAGUGACGGUUCUUUGAGGGACUUCAAUAUACGGCCACCGGUGCUACGGCAGGCCAGCGAUGCGACGCCCCAACGAAUCGGUCUGCUGACGCGGAAUAACUCUAUCGACUGUCACGAGUACAAAACUAGCAGCAACCUGCAGAAGAAGCAAGUUUUCGAUGCGGUGGCUGCUGCCAGUAUUGUCAAUAAUUGUUCCGGCGUCGACACAUCGAAAUCACAAGUCAUCACGCUGGCAACGUUCACGAAAUUUUUGGAAUCGCGACAGCAAGAGAAACUGACGGACGAGCAGAUCAAAGAACUCGUCAAGCGACACGAGCCGGACCCAGCGCUGCGUACACAAUGGUGUUUGUCUUUCGAGGGCUUUGCACGGUACAUGAUGGACAAGGACAAUUAUGCUUUCCCAAACGAGUACGCGACACCUUCCGAGAUUGAAAUGCAACAGCCAUUGUCCCAGUAUUACAUCGCCAGCUCGCAUAAUACUUAUUUGACUGGCCAUCAGCUCAAGGGAGAAUCUUCCGUUCAGCUCUAUUCUCAAGUACUGCUGACUGGGUGUCGGUGUGUGGAGCUCGAUUGCUGGGACGGCGAUGAUGGGUCUCCAGUUAUUUACCAUGGGCACACCUUCACCACCAAGAUACCAUUUCGCUCAGUCGUAGAAGCAAUUGACAGAAGUGCUUUUGUCAGCUCCCCAUAUCCUGUGAUUCUCUCCAUCGAGAAUCAUUGCUCCCAGACUCAACAAGCUCGGAUGGCCCAAAUCUUUCAAUCGGUUUUCGGUGACAAGCUGGUGACGAAAUUCUUGUACGAGUCAGACUUCAGCGACGAUCCACAGCUGCCAUCGCCGUCGCAGUUGCGACAUCGAAUAUUGAUCAAAAAUAAAAAAUUGGUGGUGGAUCCUACCGGUCCUCUGGCACAUGCUCCCUUGUCUCAUCGUGGAAAGAUGGUUAUGUCCGAUCGUGCAUCUUCUAUGAAACAGAUGCGCACUGACGUAAGCAAUGCUGUCGUUGAAUAUUUCAGCGAGGACGAUGACGACGAGGAAGACGAUGACGAGGAUGACAAUAUUGACGAUAAUUCAAUUUCCAGUUACGAGAGGUACCAAGGCGGGACGCAGGUGCCGCAUAGUCGAUUAAAAUCCGAUUCUGCGGUCGACGACAAGUCCCAGAAGCAAAGUAGCCAAAUAGCUAAGGAACUCUCGGACUUGGUAAUUUACUUGCAAGCCAUUAAAUUUCGUGGAUUAAACACGACGCCGGGAACCACGGCGACUGGAAAAACGCGUCAUCAGCCACACACAGGCCCCGUGCAGAGGCAUAGUAUCGCUGGCAUAGUAACCUCCAGCAUACCUGGCACUUCCGGUUCGCCACAGUCGCUGUCGACGUCAACUUCGCUUGCCAGCGGUAGCAGCAACAUCGACAAUCUUUUUAGAACAAACCGUGGGGUUCCUGCCUGUUUCCAAUGUUCCUCCUUGAACGAGAGUACAGCCAAGAAAAUCUGCAGAAAACAACCAUUAGCUGUUUUGGCGCACUCUGAGACCCAGUUGAUUCGAACAUACCCAGCUGGAAUGCGUAUCGACUCCACCAACUUCAAUCCCGUGAUCUUCUGGGCCUUUGGGAUUCAAAUGGUAGCGCUGAAUUAUCAAACGGACGACGCUGGAUUGAAUUUAAACGCUGCUAUGUUCGAGCAAACUGGGCAGUGCGGCUACGUCAGGAAACCCUCCGUGAUGUGUGAUAAGGGACACAUGAUGUACAGACGUUUCAACCCCUGGGAUAAGGAGUUCGACGGCCUGCACUCGGCACACCUGACCCUGUCAAUAGUCUCCGGCCAGUACGUAUCCCCAACGAACUUCGUGGCGAGCACCUACGUGGAGAUCGAGUUAGUCGGGAUACCGAGCGACUGCGCGAAGCACAAGACCAAAGUGAUACAGAAUAACGCGUUGAAUCCCAUCUGGAACGAGCGGUUCUGCUUCCAAGUGAUGUUCAAGGACCUGGCGUUCCUGCGUUUCGGCAUCGUCGAAGCAAGCUCGCACCAUCUGAUCGCGCAGAAAGUCAUCCCCCUGAAGUGCUUGCGGCCCGGGUACAGGCACGUGCGACUCCGAUCCUGCAAGAACAAGCCAUUAGCCCUGUCCACGCUGUUCAUCUAUUCGCGCUUGGAAGAGGAGAGCCUGGACUACAAUACCUGCUGUCGCGACCACAAGGAGCCAUCGAAGCGAUCUUUGACAGGGAAGGAACCGGAGAAACUGACCACGGUGGAUCCCGGCCUGGGCGGCGUGACCUUGAAGCGGAGGAUGUUCUUCCUGAAGGUGUUCCACGUGGUGCCGAACGAGCCGUACACCAUUCUAAAAGUCACCCAGGACAGUACGACGCAAGAGGUGAUGGUGCAGGCGCUGCAGAAGGCCGGGAUACCUGCGGACAGAGUCGACGAGUACAUCUUGGUGGAGGAAGUGUCCCGGGGCUGGGAGAAGAAGGAGAAAGAGGAGCUACCUACCCAGAGAGUCCUGGACCCGACGGAGCGCCCGCUUCAAGCGGAAGCUCUGUGGAAAGGUGAGGGUCGAUUCUUGUUCAAGAGAGUCGGCGACGACCCGAGCACUAGAGCCUGGCUAGCGUCUAUCAGAAGCACGGCAGGUCACCCGAAGCUGGACUCGGACAGGGACACGUCCACGCACAUAUGGGACGAGACGGACACCUUUUUGGUCUGCAUCUACAACGUCUCGCCCGACAUUCCGUACGCCAUCCUGCGGGUCCGAGUGAGCAGUUCGGCUCAGGACGUCCUGGCACAGGCGUUGGUCAAAGCCAGGCGGAUGGAGGACCCGAUGAAGUUCGCCCUGGUGGAGGAGCUUGAGUGGGGAGGCACCGGAGCUGUUGGCAGCGGCAAUCGGCAGCUGAGGGUCCUGCGGGACGACGAGAACGUGUACAGCACGCAAGCGUUCUGGAAGACGCUCGGCAGAUUCAUCUUGAGGGAGCGGGAGCAGGUGAUUCCUAGGCGUCAUUUGCUCCCGGCCACCUUGGACAGGAUCAGCAAGGGCUUCGGCGUUGGCAGAUCCGUCUCUUUGCCGGGCUCUAGCAAAGAGAAGGCGCCGGUUUCAGAGGCACUCUCCGAUCCUACGUCCAGAGGAGCCAGACAUCGGCUGCUGACUCCUGGACGCAGGAGAGAGGUGCACUCUGAUGGCGAGGACACCCGCGAGUCCGACAUCCUGAACGCCGCUCUUCACCUGAAGAAACUCUCGCUGAGGAAGCUAAGGGUCUGGAAGUCAUAGUGGCAGUCCCGGGCGACGUCGAUUUCAUCGAUCUUCGCCACUCGGAGGAAUGAGUCGUAAGUUCCACCCUAGACCGUUGCAUUUCGGAAGACGGAGGCUAACUCUCUCGAACUAGUGAACCCGCUAACUGCGAUACACUCGACGCGAAUCACGAUGAUCGCUCUCUCUCUCUCUCUCUCUCUCUCUCUCUCUCUCUUUCACUCUCUCUCUCUCUCUCUUUCUCUCUCUAUCUCUCCCCCCCUCUCUCUCUCUCUCUCUCUCUUUCUUUAGAUCUCUAUCUCUAUCACUCUCUAUCUUUCGAACAGCCUCGUGUCUACGAGCAGCAGUGAUAAAACUGUUGACUAAACAGACGCCUAAUCGUACUCGACGGUACUCGAACAUGCAGAUUGCAGGAAGGCGAACCGGUUUAAACGAGUAGUAUGAUGGAUCCGGACGGAGUUUGAUUGGACGUAGUAUUUGUAAGGAUCCUCGAAUAUUGAGCUACAUUCGAGCGAUUGUACUCGCGGGGAUUUUAUUGGUUUAAUUGGGCAACGCUGGAUUUCUGGUUAACCCUGCUACGAUCCUGUUGGGCUCCAUCGCAAGUCCAGGUUCUUUGGGAUUUUGGUGAUCGGCUGUGGAAAGGGUUCAUUAAGGAGUGUUGAAUAGGAAAUUAAUUAGGAACAAUGGUGUCUAUAACCGUGUCUCUUUUGUCAGUUUUAUACAGAUUUUCUAUAAAUAACGCUCGUUGCAAUAAAUGUAAAGUAGUUACAUUGUUUCUCAUUGUUUUCGUGUAAGAGGCAAAUAUUGUACUUAAAAGUAUCAAUAUUUCAUUCUUCUAUUUAGAGUAGACGUUGGAAUGUGUAGAAGUGCAAUUUGAAGUACUUAUUGUUCUGUUUUAUUGAUUCGUAGAAGUCUUGCAGCAAGGGACAAACGAAAUUGCAAAGUCUGGAGCAAAUGAGAAUUCAUUGACCCGUUUGUAUCUGUGAAAUAAUUUUAAUAUACCGCAGAUACUGUUAGUAUGAUAGAAAGAUCGGGUUUGUAUCUGAAUGCUUUAAGACGAAUUUCGUGAGGCAUUUUGUAAUUCGUUCGUAAAGUUGUACCAUUUAUAAAGAAAUGUUAAACAUUAAUACAGUAACCUAUAGACAGUAAAAGAAAAUGUUUAAAAAUCGAUAAAACACGACAUUAGACAAACUUCAAUACGUUGAAUCUUAUGCUUGAUUCAUUGUAAGUAGCGGCAAGUAGAAAAAUGCUCUAUUAAUGUCAAUUCGUCGGUGAAAUUACAAAUUUGC